AUGAUGACAUCAAUCUUAUCCGGGGGCAAUAGUAAUCACAGCGUGCCGGAAAACUCCUCGCGCACGUACCGAGGAGUGCGGCAGGGGAGACGGGACCGGUAUGUAGCGGAAAUCCGGGAACCAACCCAAGGUUUGCGCCUCUGGUUAGGUGUCUUCAAUAACUGCCACGAGGCCGCUAUGGCGUACGAGUCCGCUGCGCGGAGGCUCUACGGUGACACUUCUAAGCCCAGUUUGCCUGAUGAUAUCACCACCAGGAUACCAUUAAUCCAUCAUCAGCAGCAGACUGAACCGGUUUCUGAUGAGCCGGUAGCAGCUGGACCGAGGAAAAGAAGGUUGAAUAAGGUGUACUCCACGAUGGUGCAAGAAGAACGCGUCCUCAACAUUACUCAGGGCCAAUCUGCAGCUUCCCCGGACAUCGUGAGUUUUGCCGUGAAAUCAACUCCAACGUUGCAGCCUCGUCCGUCAGCUUCUGGCCAGAAAAUUUGUAGCAUUUGCUCUCGCCCUGGUCAUGAUGCAGCUGGUUGUUUUCUUGUUGUUCCUUGCCAACACUGUCAUUGUCCUGGCCAUGAUCCGAAGCAUCGUUUCAAAAUUAUAGGCUACCCCGAAUGGUGGAAUCCGCCAUCAGACGCUGCUCCUGGUGUUUCUGGUUCAGGCCGUGGAGCUGGACGCGGUGCCGGUCGUGGACGUGGUGCUCUAGGAGCGGCUGCAGGUCGUGGAAAUGGUCGUGGAGCUGCUGCAGGUCGUGGCGUUGGACGUGCACAUGCUGCCUUUUCUAGUGCUGCAUCCGGCUCUCUUUCUUAUGGCGGUGUGGCGGUGAACAGUGGUGAUGUUGCCGCUGAUUUGAUUAAAUCUGCUGCAAUUGGUUUGACUGAGGAGCAGUGGGAUUCUGUGGUGAAUUCCGUCAAUUCUGCCACCCAAGGACCGUAUUUCGAGGAUGGUGAUUGGCUCGGGUGA